AUGGUCGAUGGCCCAGUGAUUCGAGGUCGCCUUACCCGAGUUUCUCGGUCCAUCCGGGCGGUCAUGCGCUGCCUGGGUGGAAACAGAGAAUCUCAAGAUGGGGCACAGCGAGCGAUGCUGCUUUUGUGUGAGCUUCUUGAUUUACUUAGCCGACUUCAAGACCAACUGAACUGGGCAGAGGACAAAUGGGUCGUGGAUCCAUCACGUCUACGUAACCUCGAUGAGGUACUCCGUUCGUUCGAGUCAACCAUUGGGUCAAUCGAGAUCUACUUUCAGCCUGGUGGUAUCACCGCUCGCUCAUUUAGGAAGCGUUUACUGGAAAACACAUUCAUUCCUAGGCUGGAGCAGUUUAAAGUUAUGAUGCUCUUAUCCAUGCAACCUGAGUCUCGGGAGAAGGCAAAAGUCGAGGACAAACUCCGAAACGUACUCCGUCGCUUUCACGAAAUGGACCAUAACGGGAUAAGAGCAAGCACACCAGACGCCAAUGAGUUCCACGCUACUACGAGCCAAAUCGCUACCAAGAGCUUUAUGAGAUUGGCAGAUCUUUGCAACAAAAGGCUUAAGGGAACAUGUGAAUGGAUAUUUGACAAUGACACGUACACAAAAUGGCUUUUUGGAUGUAGCAGGACCCUUUACUGCGUUGGACCAGCGGGCGCUGGAAAGACUUUUCUUGCAUCCACCAUUAUCGACAAUCUACAGAGAACGUUUACAUCUGCAGACGUAGCGGUCAUUUUUAUUUUCGGUCAUGAUGAGGCGGACGAAGAGACGAGCUCUGUGGGGUUCCUUGAUAAAAUCCUUGCGCAACUUGUGUAUCGGAAGCGAGUACCAUCUCACCCUACUGCUUGCUUGUACAAAUCCAAGUCUUUCGCCGAGGGAAACGUGUCAGCAAAGACAUACCAAGAUGCUAUUCGCGCUGAGGUUAACAGAUUCUCUCGGGUCAUGUUCGUCAUUGACGGAAUCGAUAUGCACGUGGAGAAAGACCGCAUUAUUAAUCGCCUUCAAAAACUGCCGGAUCAUGCACAGCUUCUUAUUACCUCACGCGAGGCAAAAUAUGGGUCCAAAGACGAACAUGUAUCUGUCUUGGCUACUCCUGGGGAUCUUGAAACCUAUGUCUGCGCCCGCAUUGACCAGGACGAAAGUUUGACUGCCAUGCUGGACCAAUACGCGCCUGAAUUGAAGGUCGCUGUUAUUCAACAAGUUGCCCGGAAGUCGCAUGGUCUGUUUUUAUUGGCUCGGCUGAAUAUGGAUCUUUUAUCUAGGUGUCAAGACGGAAACCUACUACAACGGUCACUUUUUCAUUUACCUGAGAAUCUAAAUGACGCUUAUGGCGAGUCGAUGACCAGAAUUAUCAGCCAGAAUCCCUUCGCCAGUCGCUGCCUAUAUUGGACAUUAUAUGCCCAGAGGCCUUUGACUGUCUCGGAACUAAACUUUGCGGCAAGCUAUGAAGUAAAUGGGAAUAGCGCCUCGAAGGAGCCCUCAUCAACCGAACAUUCCAUGCUCUAUGAGGCUGCUGGACUAUUGACAAUUGAUGCUAUGAGUGGAACAGUUCACUUGGUGCAUAAGACAGCCAAGGAGUAUCUAAGUGGACCAGCAGCUCGAGUGUUCUUCCCAACUGCCAAAGUGAACAUCGCCGAUGUCUGUCUCACAAUCAUCACCCCCGACGAUGUUAUUGAUGACUGCUAUGUUAGCAAGGAAGCUAUACCUCGCAAGCCCCGGGGAAAGCUGCUCAACUACGCUACAACCUACUGGGGUCACCACGCUGGCGAGGUCGGCGAAGAUGAGCAAGCGACGCAGGUUCUCAUUCGGGCUUUCCUCAAUAAGCUGUCCUGGAGAAGACCCCCUGGAACAAACUCUUGUGCCCCCGGGCUUGAGAUGCCGAAGCAGCUGGGCCUCGGGAAAUAUUUCUCCGACUGGGCCUCUCUGCAUGUGCUCGCCUACUUUGGCAUUAUUGGAAAGGCAAGACGCUUGAUUGAACAAGGUGCAGAUAUUAAUGACUGCGAUAAUCAGCUCGGUGUCACUGCACUUCACUGUGCAGUCUAUCGAGGCAAUGAAGAGAUGGUUGAUUUGCUCCUUGCCUCUAAAGCCAACAUAAAUGCCAUCUCCAAAGACGGUAAAACGGUGUUGCAUAUUGCAGGGGAGCAAGGACAUCGAAAACUGGUCAAGCUUUUGCUUCAUCGAGGUGCAAACUCUAGAACAGCCAGCAAAGAAGGAGCGACAGCUCUUCAACUAGCUGUUGGGACAACCCAUGAUGAAGCAACUGUCCCCCUCCUGAUCAAAAGUCGGUUUGAUAUGGAUGUUCAAAAUACAGCCACGGGUAAUACGGCUCUUCAUUUAGCAGUCGAAUUGAAGCGACCGCGCAUACUUGCGUUCCUUCUCGAAAAAGGGGCUAGCAUGAACAUCUUAAACAGAGAUGGGAUGACGGCACUGCAACUCGCUUGCAAAACCGACAACUGUGAGGCUGCUUCUCUGUUGCUCGAACGUGGCACUCAGUUGGAAACUCGCUCGUCCUAUGGGAUGACUGCUUUGCAUAUCGCCGCAUUGGAGAACAACUGGGUAGCAUUUGACAUGCUGGUCAUUGGGGGUGCAGAUAUCAAUGCAUGGGAUAGUGAAGGCGAGUCCUUACUUCACAAGCAAGCCCGCGACCCAUCUGCAAUUUCUGUUGCUGCACAUCUACUUGCACAAGGUGCAAAUCUCGAGGCCUGUAACUCUCAGGGAUAUACACCCUUACAGUGCGCUGCUGCGGCUGGAAACAAAGCAAUGUUCCUGUUCCUGGCAGACCAAGGGGCAAGACUUGAUGUUCAAACCGCAAAGGGAGAGACUCUUCUUCAUAUCACACCCCCUCUGAACCAAGACUGCCUUGACAUUCUGGAAUCACUGUUUGAAUGUAACUUCAGUGCCAAUGCGACAACCUGUAGUGGCUUAACGCCUCUGCACCAUCUUGUCAUCAAUGAUUUCAAUUUGUCAGAUCACUCGACUGAGCAUACUGCCAGUUUCAUAUCAUUACUUUUGUCCCAUGGUGCAAACAUCAAUGCCCCAGUGGCCUCUUGCAAUGCCGAGACGGCACUUCAUUUGGCAGUGAUUGCAAAAGUCCCGCGCGAAUCACUGGUGUCGCUACUCAUCAAAUGUGGCGCGUCGCUCGAUUCAAGAACUUCCGAUGGAAAGACACCAUUACACUUGGCUGCUGAACGAGGCCGACAUAACAUUUUCCAAAUCUUGUUAGAUGCAGGCGCGGAUCCUUCAAUCCAGGACUUUGUGGAAACCCCAACCAACGACAAAUUAACGGGUGGUGGGCUUACUGCGCUUGACCUGGCGCGCAAGAACCCUAUUAGUGUGCUUUGGUUUGACGAUUCAGGCAAACUACAGUCUCCGCCGCCGCCGCCGAUGCAGCAGCGCAGGAGCCUAGCGACAACCAUUGACGAGCUCGAUACUGAAUCCGAAAUUGGUGAGAUAGGAGGAUCAACGUUGGUUGGUGAGGAUAGCUCGAUUUGGGGAUCAAGAGCAUCAACUACUUCUGUUGAUCUUCCGUCUAUUGUUUCUUCAUGCUAA